UUGACCUGUGCGGGUCAUGAUUGUGACAUGUGUAGCUGUCAUGUUUAGACAUUUUGCAGGGUCAGACCGGUUCGCAUACAGAUGUUAGCAGCUGGGGAGAAAGAGACCGUUAAUCCGGUGUAGUAGUCUGACGGCUGGGACACCAUUGUGUUUUUUAUAACGCUGUUUCCAUGUCCUGGGUGUCGUUUUUGGGCAGACCAUGAGCAUGAUGAAGGAGAAGCCGACCAUCCGCCAGCAGAGCUCGGAGAAUAACUCGGUCAGCAGCAGUGAAUGGGACAUGGCUAAUGAUGUAUUCGUGUCCGGCUACGACGACAACCCGAUGGGAGACGGGGUGUCAACUGGGGACAGGGACCCAGAGCAACCCGGUUUGGACAGACACCUACCGCUGUUGUCCCAGGACGGCAUGAUGCUGGGCCUGGCCGAGGACGAAUAUGCGGCCACAUCGUAUCUGGGCAUCGACCCAAACUACACCGAAAGUGACGGGAAUGUGACCACCAAGAAACGGAUCCGGUCCAACAUCAGGCACCGCGGGGAGAUCGUCACGGAGCUGGGACCGGAGGAGGUCCGCUGGUUUUACAAAGAGGACAAGCGGACGUGGAAGCCAUUCGUCGGACACGACUCUUUAAAAAUCGAGGUAAUUUAUCGGAGAUUCAGUGAGCAGAACCCCGAGAAAGUCAAACGCCCCGUGGAUCCCGCCGACGCCGAGUGGAAGGAGGCGUCCCGGUCCGGGGAGAUGCAGCCGGAGAGCGGGGCGGGAGAUGCCCGGGUGGAGUCGGUGGCGCAGCGUGGCGGAGGGCAGCGGCUGUCGGUGUCAGAGGAGAUGAGGGAGCCAGAGGACAGCAGCGUGGAGGCAGUGUGUGUCAGAGGAGGACUCUAUGAAGUGGACAUCAGGGAGAAGGAAUGCUACCCUGUCUACUGGAACCAGCAAGACCGUAUUCCUGUGAUGAGGGGUCAGUGGUUCAUCGAUGGAACAUGGCUUCCCCUGGAGGAGGAUGAGAGCGACCUCAUCGAGACGGACCACCUUGCCCAUUUCCGGGGGCAACAGAUGAGGGACACAUAUGAGAUGGAGGUGGUGACCACCACAGUGGACAGUAAGGACGCCAUCCACAGUCUGAAGCUGAGCAGGAGUCAUGUGGACUGGCACAGUGUGGACGAGGUGUACCUGUACAGCGACGCCACCACCUCCAAGAUUGCACGCACCGUCACUCAAAAACUGGGCUUCUCCAAAGCCUCCAGCAGCGGGACGCGUCUCCAUCGUGGAUACGUGGAGGAGGCAGCACCUGAGGACACCCCACCUGAGACCACACACAUUGUCUUCGUGGUGCACGGCAUCGGCCAGAAAAUGGACCAGGGCCGCAUCAUCAGGAACACCAGCAUGAUGAGAGACGCCGCCAGAAAGAUGGAGGAGAAGCACUUCUCUGAUCGCACCACAGAGCACGUCGAGUUCCUUCCUGUGGAGUGGAGGUCAAAACUGGCUCUGGAUGGAGACACGGUGGACUCCAUCACCCCAGACAAAGUGCGAGGACUCAGAGACAUGCUGAACAGCAGUGCCAUGGACAUCAUGUACUAUACCAGCCCUCUGUACAGAGACGAGAUUACCAAGGGUCUGACUCUGGAGCUGAAUCGUCUCUACUCGCUCUUCUGCACGCGAAAUCCAGACUUUGAGAAAAACGGGAAGGUGUCCAUAGUGUCGCAUUCGCUUGGCUGCGUCAUCACCUUCGACAUCAUGACAGGCUGGGACCCUGUGCGUUUUCAUCAUCAAGAAGCGCCAGACCCGGAGGAGACAAAGGCUGGCUGGGCAAGUGAGGAGGAGCGCCAUCUUCAGGAGCAGUUGAGACUCAUGCGGCUCAGGCUAAGAGGCUUGGAGGAUCAGUUCCAUGGUCUGCAGACCUCAUCGUGUGCCAUGCCAGCCUUGAAAUUCAAGGUAGAAAAUUUCUUCUGCAUGGGCUCUCCUCUCGCAGUCUUCUUGGCGCUGCGAGGGACCCGCCCUGGAAACAACACUGUGCAGGACCACAUCCUCCCCACAUCUAUCUGCAAACGCCUCUUCAACAUAUUCCACCCCACAGACCCUGUGGCGUACAGACUGGAGCCUCUAAUCUUAAAGCACUACAGUAACAUUGCACCUGUUCAGAUCCACUGGUACAACACCACCAGCCCAACACCGUACGAUCAGAUUCGACCCACGCUGCUCAACCCCCCGAAGGAGACUGCAUCUGUGUCAGACUCAGAAAGCAUCCCCAGCCCCUGCACCUCCCCGCCCCAGGCCCGACGGCACUACGGAGAGUCCAUCACCAGCCUGGGCAAGGCGAGCAUCAUGGGUGCUGCCAGUCUCGGAAAGGGAAUCGGAGGGAUCCUGUUUUCCCGCUUUUCCCGUUCCAGUGGCCAGGUCGGAGGAGUAGAGGAGGAGCCGUUAGAUUCCGAGGGCGGAGCCUCUGAAGUUGAAAAUGUGGCAUCAGGAGAGGAAGAAGCAACGGCGGCAGAGGCCGAAGACAAGGACAAAGAAAUAGAGGAGGAGAGGGAGGAGGUGGAGCCUGUCAUGUCUCAGUCCACCUCAGCUGUCAUGGACAGCACCUCGUUGCAACUGGAGAGACGCAUCGACUUUGAGCUGCGGGAGGGCUUGGUGGAGAGCCGCUAUUGGUCAGCAGUGACUUCACACACGGCCUACUGGUGCUCUUAUGACGUGGCUCUUUUCCUCCUUACCUUUAUGUACAGACCACAAGAGCCUCUUGAACCUACAGAAGACAACCCAGAGACAUCAUAAACUGACACAUGGAGCCAUCACAGCUCGGGCCACAUCACGUACUAUUCAUGGUUUCCAUGUGACGUUGCUGUGCCUUAGCGCUGCCAUAUUUGUGACUGGUCACAGCUGCAAACCACAGCCACAAGUGAGAAGAAGAGCACGGAGGUACGGCAAAAACAGAAAUCCAAACAAAAAAUAAAUAAAGUUCAUACAUUAUGCCCCGAA